AAGUGCACUGCUCUUGAGUACCUUUUACACAGUCUAUGUGUGGAGUUACAGAAACUUUCGUUGAUGUUUGGUUCCAGUAUGGACAGAUUUUGGAUUUGAAAAUUUCUUUGGAAGAAGCAAAAAGGUUUUUAUUUUGUUUCUCUUGUGGGUACAUGGACAACAAUAGAUACAGUCUACAGGGGAUAUACUGGUGUGCAUUAAUGGGUGCCAGUUCAACAGGGAGCAGUGAAGGGGUGGAACGUCUGCUUUCUGUUGGUCACCAUUUGCUUUGAUAUAAAACCGUCAGGCCUUAUCUUCUCCGUAAUAUAAAGUUCAGCACUGCCUCUGUGAAAGUUUUUAGGGGAAAGCUCUGCAGGCGUCAUUUCUCUUACCUCAUCGAAGAACCCAGCAGUGUCGCAAACCACAUAGAGACAAGCACCAUGAAGUCCCGCGCAGAGCAAACUUUCUUCUAUCUAAUGUCUGUGUUAUUUCUCUGUGUUGCUGCAGACCUGCAAGCACCUGAUGUUCACACAAAGCUCGGGAGCCUGAGAGGUCAGUAUGUGGCUGUAAAGGGAAAGGAGACUGGCGUCUAUGCCUACCUGGGUGUUCCAUUUGCCAAGCCGCCUGUUGGGCCUGCUCUGAGACUGGCUGCACCCCAGCCUGUAGAGGGAUGGGAAGGAGUGAGAGAUGCCACCCAGCAGCCGCCCUUGUGUAUUCAACAUAGACAGUUUUCUUUAGAUCUGAUGGAAAAAUUCGGCAUGGUGGUAGAUCUCCCAGAAAUUUCAGAGGACUGCCUUUACCUCAACAUUUACACUCCUGCAAACAGAGCUCACAAUGCCAAGCUCCCAGUCAUGGUCUGGAUCCAUGGUGGAGGUUUUGGUAUUGGGUCAGCUUCCACAUAUGAUGGAUCAGCCCUGGCUGCUUACCAGGAUGUGGUUGUGGUUGUGAUCCAGUAUCGCUUGGGACUUCUAGGCUUUCUCAGCACUGGAGAUGAGCACAUGUCAGGAAACUUUGGCCUGUUGGACCAGGUUCAGGCUCUGAGGUGGACCCAGCAGCACAUUCAUAACUUUGGGGGAGACCCAGGUUCAGUUACCAUAUUUGGGGAGUCUGCUGGCGGAGCGAGCGUUUCCCUCCUGCUUCUGUCACCGCUGUCUGAUGGCCUGUUCCACUAUGCCAUCGCUGAGAGUGGCACUGCUGCAAUGGAUUCACUCGUUUCAAGUGAUCCCCUUCCAGUGACACAGAUGGUUGCAAAUGCAUCUGGCUGUAGCCUCGAAAGCACAGAGGAGAUCGCUGAUUGCAUGAGGAGCGUCGAUAUUGACACUAUUGUAACUCUUGGACAGGAUCCAAAAUUGAGAAUAACUGUUAACAUGGAUGGACAUUUCCUGACAAAACCUGUGGAUGAGCUGUUCCGUACACAUGAACUUCUUACUGUACCGUUCAUGACUGGUGUUAAUAAUGAUGAAGGGGGCUGGUUACUUCCUAGUUUUAUGGCUCCUCCAAACUGGACAGAGGGAAUGGAUCGGGAGCAUAUCAUGAACGUGAUGUACAUGUUCUACCCUGAUCCUGAUGAUGCCAUGUUCAGAGAUCUCUUGGUAGAUGAAUAUAUUGGAGCCGGUGAAGAUCGUGUGAAAAAUAGAAACGGAUUCACUGAGAUUCUUGGAGAUAUGAUGUUCAUCUUUCCAGCAAUUAAAACUGCUAAUGCCCACAGAGAUGCAGGUGCCACUGUGUACCUGUAUUACUACCAGCAUGCUCCCAAACUCCUGCAGGGAAAAAGGCCGAGCUAUGUUGGGAGUGACCACGGAGAUGAAAUCUUUUCAGUAUUUGGAUACUGCUUCACAAGUACUCAUAUCAAAAUAACUGAUGCAUGCUCUGAAGAGGAGGAACAGCUGAGCAGGGCUAUGAUGAGCUACUGGGGAAACUUUGCUCGCACAGGGUCUCCUAAUGGGGACGGUCUUGUCCACUGGCCAAAGUAUGGAGCAGAAGAAGACUACUUGUCAAUUGAUGCAAAUGAGCAGGUACCUGGUCAGCACCUGAAGAAGGAGCGGUUUGUCUUCCUGACUCAGACUCUGCCGGAGAAGAUCCGACAACACAAAGAGAAGAUGGAGCGCACCGAGCUGUAGAAUAGUCACCUCUACUUUCUCCCUUUAUCAAUUUACUAUUGAGUCCAUUUGUGUAUGUGUGUAUCUUUGUGUUUUGGGUUUGUAGUACAUGUUCACUUGUUUAAAUGUAAAAAAAAAAACACAUUCUUUUCUUCAUGUCUGUUUAAAUAUAGCUACUGUCACCCUUUGUCAAAAAAUGCUCCAAUUUAAGCACCUGUCUUUUACAACCACCCUUUUCCAUAAGAUGUCCCCUUUAAAGCUGAGUGAAUACUUUUAAUAGCCACUGUGUAUUUUGAACAUCUAUUUGAAUCAGAGCAGAUAGCUUCUGGGAAAACUGUUACAAAAUAUGUAGUGAAAGGUCAUUUUUAGUCAUGUGAUACCACUACUGUAUUUUCACACAUAUUAACACCUGAAUAAUCUAAAUUUAAAAAAAAUAUUUCUUCUGAAGCUGUGAAAUGUUGUACUACUCAGUUGUGUGUUGUCUGUGGAAACCCUGAGAGCCAGUGAGAUAAAAAAUUCUGCUGAUGCAUUUUGUCUUAACAUUUCUCUCGUUAUAUUGAAUCAAGGACAGGUGAAAAAAAGUUAUGGCAGGCGAUUUAUUAUUAUAUAUAUUUUUUUUUUGUCAAUCAGUGUUCUAAGUCUUGUUGUUGUAAUACUAAUUUUGGCCACAAGAAGCUGAAGUGCAGCAAUACUCUAUUCCAAAUAGGACUAAAUGCAUAUUUCAAGUUUUCUAUCAGAGGAGUUAAUUUAUCCAUGCACUCGCAACAAGAAAAAAAAAUAUCCUCGCAAAAAACAACAUUUGCUUCUACAAUAAAAAAAACCUGUCAAGAAGUGUUAAACAUGGGAGAGAAAAUUUAUAUCAGACUUAAAAAAUGGAUCAGAUUUCUUACUUGCCUGCCACUCAGGGCUUCUGUAGUUUUUUUGUAUCCCUGACUCAAUAUUGUCCAACAAUCUUAUUCUUGUUUACACAGAUGAACACCCACAAAAAACAAAAAAUACACACACUCACACUGGGCAUUAGUAUGACAGGGACAUGGACCGUGGUUAACAGACUAACUUUUAAUCUGGUUUCUUUAUAGGUCUAACACUGUAUGACACUGUAUGAGGUGAACAUGUUUGCUUUAGGCCGACACUGACAGUCAAACUGCAAACUGCAUUACACUAUAAUUAAAUUCAAGUGUGGCAGUGGAAGGAGAUAAUCCUUUUAGGUGAUUGGUUCGAACAGCUUUGCAAUGGGUUAAACAUUCAAACCAUACAAAUAACAGAUCUGACAGAAAAGGUUCUUUUCAGUUUUGUAUUUUUAUUACUGAGAAGAGCGCUUAAGCUGAAAAGCUCCCUGAAGUCCGAUGUGAGCAGUUCAAUAGGUCAAACUUAGAUCUUUUUUUUUUUUUCACAAAAUCAGGCGUAUCGCACUGAAAAUAGUACAAAGCAACACUUUUUGAAGGCAAAUCAUUCAAAUAGCUGGAUACAGAGGGCUUACAUAUGGGGGAAUUAAAAUAAAUUACGCUAAAUUGCAGAAGAAUUCAAUAAAAUGUGAAAAAAAUUAAGUUGAUGAUGCUUUAGCAGACACUUUUUAUUUUUGCAAAUGUUCGUAAAGCUGCAGUCUGAUAUAAAAGUGCUGGCCAGUGGUUUUAAAUGAUUCAAUAUACUUCCCAGAAAAGUGCACUUGGAGUAAGAAAGCUACUGGGCAACACCACCAGGCUGUAAUGAGCCAUACAGACACUUACUUGGUACCUUGAGAUGCACUUUGAGCUGUUAGUUAGUAUAAUGUUCAGCUAGCCUGGUCUCAAGUUCAAAAGGAGUUGGAAAACUGGAGGGAAUAGCUUUGCAGGUAUAAAGCCAGGCAAACAUUACGUCAGCCAGUGAAACAAACAAAUGCAAUACAUUUCAAAGGUAAGAGAAGUUUCUGUUUCAGACCAUCAUUAUAGAAGCACAUAAACUGUAUAAUUCAGAUAGUUUGAUCAGCUUAUGUAUAGGUUACGUUAUUCUAUUGCAGUACAAUACAUCUUUCCAUCUUACAUAAUAUAAUAUCAAGUGUGAUGACGGAUAUGUUUGAUGUAGAACCAUGAGAGCAUAUCAUUAUCUCUAAGUUCAAAGGGCCAGAACUGGCUGAUGUAGCUACAAUGUUUGAUAAGACAGCAAAUCAUCUCUUGUCAAUGGUUUGAAAAUUACCCAGUUGUAAAACUCACUCAGUAUUUCAAUUGGCUAAAAUCAACGUAACUUCAUACAUUUUUGUUAUACACAUAAAUACUUCAGUUCGGUUUUUCACUGACUUGUGGCGAAGAGAAAAACACCUGAGAAGUCUGUUUUAAAGCAAAAAAAAAAAAAAAGCAAGGCAUGCUGCUUAAUGAAAGUAAAA